AAUUAUAAAUAUUUUAAAAAUGUAUAAAUGAUUUUUUUUUACCACUUACAAAUUUAAGCAACUUCAGAAAAAGAAAAUCUAGUAAAUAUCCCGAAAAGAUCUGAAACACCUCGAGAAAAAAUAAAACAAUUACGAACACUUUAGACCUAAGAUAUAAAACUAAAAAAACAAGGAACCGAACUUUCUCCAUAAAUAACCCAUCACAAUGGCUGGUCCGUUUAUAUCGCCGCUGCCCGGCGAUCUGCUCACGGAGUACAUGUUCGGCCGGAGGCGACAGCGCCGGAACCGGACGACCUUCACGCCCCAGCAGCUGCAGGAGCUGGAGGCCCUGUUCCAGAAGACCCACUAUCCCGACGUGUUCCUGCGCGAGGAGGUCGCCCUGCGGAUCAGCCUCAGCGAGGCACGCGUCCAGGUGUGGUUCCAGAACCGGCGUGCCAAGUGGCGCAAGCAGGCGCGCCUGCAGCUGCUCCAGGACGCCUGGCGGAUGCGGUGCCUCAGCCUGGGCACGCCCCCUGUAAUGGGCGGCGGGGCGGUUCAGGGGGGAUCCGCUCCCGGCGCUCCAUCGCGACCGGCCAGCCAGACGCCCGAGAACCUCUCCUCCGCCGGCAAGGACUCCGACCUGGGGGAGGUGGGCAACGGACCCAGUUCCGCCAGCUUCACCAUGAUGCACCCGGCAUUCCAGCAACAGCAGCAGCAGCAGCAGCAGCAACAACAGCAGCAGCAACAGGGACACCAGCAGCAGGCCCAUGAUCAGGAGAAGCUAUCGAAGACCUACACGGAACUGAAGCUCUACAAGGCGCCCACGCACGGCAUGGAGCUGGGCGGGAUGAGCGCCCUCUCCGGACACUCCGAUGAGGGAUCCGACGGCUCCGACUCCGAGGAGAUCGACCUCACCUCCGGCGCCUGUAUCGAUUUCUCGCAGAGCAGCAAGCUCCAGCAACAACAGCAGAGCACCCAGGGGUCAGGGGGAUCAGCGGAGGCGAAUGGCGUCCUUUAGACAAGGAUUAAGGAUAGGGAUAAAGAUUCGGACCGAGGAGCGGAUACAGAUACAGAAGCGGAUAAAGAUACAGCUACUCACACUCGUACAGUGCUCACUCACUAAAGUAUAUUUUUCAUAUUUCCACAAUCCAUUAAAAUUGCCCCUAUAUGAAAUAUUAUUCAUGAACCUUUAUCUAGAACAGGUAAUCCAAAAUUGGUUCAUCAUUUAUUCUUUGAUUUCCUCUUUAUACACUCUACUAAUAUGUGUCCUUAUGUUAUAUAACUGAUCCAGUAAAAUUGUGAUUUUUUACCACUAAAUAAUUUUUAAUAACUAAAAAAAAGAGAUUACCAUUAUCAGUAUAUUUCGAGAUUGCAUCCCCAUCAAUCCGAAUUUCAUGGUUUACAAUUCGAGCGAACACUGUACACAAAAAAAUGGCGGUGUAUAUAAAGGACAUUUAAUGUGCAUUUUAUUUAAUCAUUUACGUCUGUAUAAGGAUUUUUGUUUAGCAAUAAAGAAAAUGUAAGAUGACUAACGUGUUUUUGCUUUUUCAAGAAAUAUAGCAAAAAUAAAAGAUUUAUAAAUGCGAGCUUUAAAUAUAUAGUAUCGGCCACAAUCGUACGAAAAAUACCACUAUAUUCAUCGUUUUCCAAAUCUAACUUGUUGGCAAAAACAAUGGAUAAUACCUCCCUGACUUUAUAAUAAAAUUUUGGCAGAUUAUUACCAAAAACCAAGAUCCAGAUUUUUCACCCAACAAAUUCAGUGUUAUGUGUGAAA